GUUGUUUGUGCGCGCUGCGCGCGCGCGCGCGCGAAUCGCUUUCUUACUUUUUCGUUAUUUUCUCUAGUGCAAAAUCAUCGCGUUCACAUGUGGUAGUCAUUUGCAUGCAGCGCUACAGCGCUACAGUGUCUCGUACAGUUCACGAUAUUGUGUUGCACAGAUCAAUUGGUGUUCCGCGUGGCAAUCGGCAAAUUAGCAGCAGGCGCCUUCCUUAAUUUUGUAAAAAGCGAAAGCGGAGGAACGACUUUUUGCGAAUCGCGAAUUGACUAACGAACGAUUGAAGGCUAAGGAUAGGCUUUUGAUUGAAGAAGAUACGAUUAAUAGGGGCAGUGCUUACAGGAGAUAGAUAGUGAUGAAGGAAUUUCGUCUCGAUAUCGAUCGAAUCAGCAAACAGGCGAGUCUGAUACAAAAGUACCAAAGUACCGUUCCUUGCCGGCUUUAAAAUCGAUUUUUUUUUUCGACCUUUUUUGUUUUUAAAACACGUUGAGGCCGUGGUGUGUAAGCGUGCGUGCGUGCGUACGACUGCGUACGACAUGCGCUCGAGUAGACCGAUUGCGAACGAUCACGUGACGUCUCAACAGACUCGUCGUGUCGUGUUGUGUGAACGUUGUGUGGCGAUGUAGUUGCCUCGCUUUAGUCAGUAGAUACACGGGACACGUCUGACCUGACCUGACCUGACGCUCAGCGAGCGAACGCUGAGCUGAGCUGAGCUGAGCUGAACGCGACGCGCACAGCGAUCUCGUGUGUUUCUUACGUGCGCGCGCGCGUGCAUGUGCUGCUGAUUUCGCAAUUCCUCCUCGCGCGAACGAUCACGCAAAAUGUUGGUGGUUUUACGCGCCGCUUAACGCGCCGCAAUUUAAAUUUCUCGCAGCAAUCGAGCGUAGCGAUAAGUGCGUCGUGAGAACGAUCUGUUGUGUAGUUGGUUGCGAUAUACCCACGUCUGUCUGUCUGUGUCUCUCUCUCUCUCUCUCUCUCUCUCUCUCUCUCUCUCCUCCUCCUCCUCCUCCUCCUCCUCCUCCUCCUCCCCCCCUCCUCCUCCCCUCUCCGUGUCCAUCCUUCCUGAAGCUCCUGCGCAUGCAUGAACCCCGGCUUGUCGAUUACCGCGUCUCCGUGCACUGGCGACGAUCGUCUCACCACCGCGCACGUGUACUCAUCGAGCACCGACUGUUUCGGACGGUAGAUCCCGGUUAACGUCAGAUAUGACCAACGAUAAACAGUCAUGGUUUCGCGGCGUCCGAAGCAGCAAAUUUCGGCAUGUUUACGGCGUGCCGGCCAAAAGGGAGAAAUGCUACGACAACAUCAAAAUCACGAAGAACGCUCACGAUUCGCAAUUCUGCGCUGUAAACCCCAAAUUUCUGGCUGUCGUGACGGAGGUCGCAGGCGGCGGAGCGUUCCUGGUGUUGCCGUUGGAUCGCACCGGGCGUCUCGACUUCAACGUGAGUCGAGUGACUGGCCACACCGGUCCCGUUUUGGACAUCAAGUGGAAUCCGUUCAACGACAAUGUCAUCGCGUCCUGUUCCGAUGAUUGUACCAUCAAGUUGUGGCAUAUACCCGACGGCGGAUUGUCGAGGAACUUGACCGAAUGGUUAGUGGAGUUGCAAGGGCACAAGCGGCGUGUCGCAUACGUCGAAUGGCAUCCGGUAGCUGAGAACGUACUAUUAAGCGCCGGUUUCGAUCAUCUCGUUAUCGUAUGGGAUAUCAAUAGAUGCGAGGCGGUGAGCGUGAUCGACAGGCACCCGGACGUCAUAUAUAGCAUAUCGCUGAACCGCGACGGCAGCUUACUGGCGACUACUUGCAAGGACAAGAAGUUGCGAGUUUUCGAGCCGAGAUCCGGUAUCGUUGUUUCGGAGGGCGUCUGUCACGCCGGCACCAAAGCGAGCAAAGUGGUGUUCCUCGGUAGCUCCGGACGUCUCCUAACUACGGGAUUUAGCAGACACUCGGACCGACAAUACGCGAUAUGGAGUCAACACGACCUGACCGUUCCGUUGACAUGCGAAACCAUCGAUUCGUCGAGCGGGGUGGUCUUCCCAUUUUACGAUAACGACACGAAUAUGGUGUUUCUAGCUGGAAAGGGUGACGGUAAUAUCCGUUACUACGAAGUAGUCAAUGAAGCUCCUUGGAUGCACUAUCUCAGUCAAUUUAUAUCUGGGAAUCCUCAAAGAGGAUUGGGAAUAAUGCCAAAAAGAGGAAUCAACACCGCCAUCUGCGAGGUGUUUAGAUUUUAUAAGCUGCACGCCACUCGCGGAAUGUGCGAACCAAUCUCAAUGAUAGUACCUAGAAAGAGCGAUCAGUUUCAAGAAGAUUUGUACCCUGAUACCAUUGGCACAUGUCCCGCGCUAUCUGCUAGAGAUUGGAUCAGCGGCAUGAACAAUCCACCGAUCCUGAUCUCUCUCAAAACAGGUGGCAGCAUCUCUACGCAUAAGCCACGAGUAUACAAGCCACCGCAAUUAUUACCUCCAACUACCGAUCUGAAUAAUAAGAAGAAAUUUGCGUUUCUGUCUACGGAAACCAUACCGGAUUACAGACCGGUGGAAUUGCACGAUAUGUCGGAGAAGAGCCAGAAAACGUCCAGCAAUCAGAGCACAAAAUUUCAGCAACUUCAGCAAAAGUUCGGGAAUGUCGCUAUGCAAAAAAAUAUCAUGUCACCUCCGCUCAACGACAACAAAGUUAUGGAAACUGUUGAUAUCCCGAACAACGAGGCGGAACUUCGAUUGGCAUUGGCUCGUCAAACCGACGAAUUGAGGCUCGUACGACGGCAACUUGCCAAUAGUCAACUGCGCGUUAAAGAAUUAGAGGACCAAGUGAGAAAACUCCAGCACUAAUAAAACUUACGAUGAUACCAAUAUACUCUUGCUUCAAUCUCAGCUUCGAGCGAAAGCUUCUUCCAGCUUUUUUAUCGUUAAACGUGGUUAACGAUUGGUACUUAAAGAUCGUAUUUAUGCACUAUUAACGAGAUGAUAACGAGCGAGAGCCUAAGCUUCCGAAAAUUUUGUACCGACACAACACAUUCUGCUUAGGACCUUCCAUUUCGUUUCAUACGAUUUCACGACAUUUCGUACAUGGCUAUCAGCACAGAAACAGACACAUUUCAAUCCAAUUUUUCGGUUCGGUUCGUCGUCAUUGCAUUAUGCGGAAGAGUUGUGUUUGUAGUACGAGAAUUUGUCAUGUUGAUAUCGCGAUCACACUUCUGAGGCUUUCAAGAAAGUGAGCCAUAUUUAUUGUGUGAAAAAUUGUACCUGUACAUGCAUACCUGGAUGUGUAAAGAUUGGAUAUUGCGUGCGUGUAUAUUUAUACGCAUGAACAAUCGUGGUUAAGAUUAUAAAACCGAGCUCGAUAUCUUUAGACAAAUGGGAGCAUAAAAGUAAUACACAUACACAUUGUGUGUGUGUGUGUGUGUGUGUGUGUGUGUGUGUGUGUGUGUGUGUGUGUGUGUGUGUGUGUGUCCGUCGCACAUUAUUAUCGAAUAAAUCACUCAAAUUUAUCUCAUCUUACUUUUCGAGGGUAUAUCGUAUUUUAGUACUAGUCCAUUAUAACCAAUCAUUUAUCAAUUUAUAUUGCCAUUUUGUAUUAAUUCAUUAUUUAACUGAUUACACAUUUAGAAUUCGAUAUAAGAAAAAGAGUCGUCGGACAACAUUAAAUAGAUUAGGCAUACGAUAUGUUGUUUCUCGUGUAUUGUCACGUUGUUGAUCAUUCCUCCGCUCUGACUCGCUUGAAAUUUCUCCAUAAAUGUGGUGGUAGAUGAAGCAAAUUCAUUACGCUUACGAGAUUGCACGACGCUCUACAAUACUAUCUAUGCUAUCUGCUGUAUCAUAUUAUACAUAAGAAUGAGUUGUAACUUAUCGAGCAUUUUUGCUAUCGCAUGCAUCUUUCACUGCCAUCUGUACUGCCUUGAUGUGUCGAUAGCAAUAAAAAUGUAUACGUGGCAGUGAUGAUAUAUACUUGCUAAAUAUUACAUUCAGUUACUAAA